UUAGUAGUGCUCUUGCGGAGGCGUAGUAAUUAUUAUUUCCUUUUUUCUCUAGGGCUCACAAAUUAUAAUUAAUUCCCGGCUUUGUGAGAGGGAGCUGUUUGUGUUUUAUAUUUAAUUUCAAUUGAUAAAUUGAGAUAAUGGGUGCAAACCAAUCAUCAGCUGAAACUCGUAGUGUUUCCAUGGAUAACCCAACACCAGCAGGUGUAAUAGAUGUAUCCGAUGAGGUUGUGCAACGACUCAAGUUGGGAAUAAGCAGAGCAAAGCAAGAGAAAAGGGAACCAAACAAGUCGGAAACUACGCAUGCAGUUCCAGUUACUGAACAAAAAAGAGCUUCAACAGCUGCACCACCACCUGUUGCACCAAAGCCAGCAGCAGUAGCCCCACCACCAUCUGCAGCACUUCCAAAAACAACAUAUUCAAACCCAUCGCCUCCCCAAUCGACAACAUUAGCAGCUAUGUCACAAUUUCCACGACUUGUGGGUGAACCAACAAUUACUGCCAUGGAAAUGCGUCGUCAAAAAGAAAUCGAACUCCGUGAAAACGACGAAAUAUGGCGAACUCGCAUGGCUCAGCUUGAACAAAAUCUAAAUAAAACAAAUGCUGUUAUGGAAAAACAAUAUAACGCAGCUGCUGAAGAUGUACGAAAGCGUUUUGCACAUGCUUCAGGAACUCGUAAAUUGCCACCUUGUCAAGAUCUAAAAGCGCAAAUAAUUGCUUGUUAUCGUGCUUAUCCCGGUGAGUCACUAAAAUGUGCCGAGGAAGUAGAAAUGUUCAGAAAUUGUGUUGCAGUUCAUCGCAUUAAAUGUUUAGACAGCGUACAGAAAGCACCAGCUAAAGGUGCAUAGCCCGAUGGCAGUUUGUGAGAUGUAUCGAUACAAAAUACGAAAAAGUAAAUAAAUGUUAAAGAUUAUCAGUUCUCAUCCUAUAUCUUUAUGUAUUUAACAUUAUAAACAGAUAACAGACUUGAGCUGAUAGAUCUAAUAUCGAAAGUGCUUAUAAAAAAUAAAUAAAUAAAAAGCAAAGCUUAACUACAGUUUAACAAAUUAAAAUUGAA